GUGACGUCAGCGCGCCGCCUGGUGACGUAGCGACGGCGGCGGGGCGGGGGUGAGGCCUCGGCGCGGCGGGGCCGGAAAUGGUACAGUUCUUGCUGUGCAGCUGCAUGUUGCUGAAUAGCGUUUCUAUGAGCCUGCUGUUCAAUCUGUCUGUUGUUCAGAAUGGCGAAGAACCCUAAUUUUCAGGAAGCUGGUAAUGUGCCUACAGGCUACGUUCACUGUAGAUCCUCAGAGAAUUUUACCGGCUACCAAUAUCACCAUCCCUCCAAGAUGAGUAACAGCCAUCCACUUCGUCCUUACACAGCUGUGGGUGAGAUUGACCACGUUCACAUUCUGUCAGAGCACAUUGGUGCUCUAAUGAACGGGGAAGAAUAUAGUGACGUUACCUUUAUUGUAGAAAAGAAACGUUUUCCAGCACACAGGGUGAUCCUGGCUGCUAGAUGCCAUUAUUUCAGAGCAUUAUUGUAUGGAGGAAUGAGAGAAUCUCAGCCUGAAGCAGAAAUUCCUCUUCAGGACACCACUGCAGAAGCAUUUACCAUGCUGUUGAAAUAUAUCUACACUGGUCGUGCUACACUACGAGAUGAGAAAGAGGAGGUUCUUCUAGACUUCUUAAGCCUAGCACAUAAAUAUGGAUUCCCAGAACUGGAGGAUUCCACAUCUGAAUAUCUUUGCACAAUACUUAAUAUUCAGAAUGUCUGUAUGACAUUUGAUGUUGCCAGUCUUUAUUCUCUUCCCAAAUUAACUUUUAUGUGCUGUAUGUUCAUGGAUAGAAAUGCCCAAGAGGUGCUCUCCAGCGAAGGCUUCCUAUCACUUUCUAAGGCUGCUCUUUUAAGUAUUGUAGUGAGGGACUCAUUUGCAGCUCCUGAAAAGGAUAUUUUCCAAGCUUUGAUGAACUGGUGUAAACAUAACCCCAAGGAAAACCAUGCUGAAAUCAUGCAGGCAGUACGUUUGCCACUGAUGAGUCUAACUGAACUACUGAAUGUUGUAAGACCUUCUGGAUUGUUGUCACCUGAUGCCAUCCUAGAUGCCAUUAAGAUUCGUUCAGAGAGUCGGGACAUGGACCUCAACUAUAGGGGCAUGUUAAUACCAGGGGAAAAUAUUGCAACAAUGAAGUACGGAGCACAGGUUGUAAAAGGGGAGCUGAAAUCUGCUUUAUUAGAUGGAGAUACUCAGAACUAUGACUUGGAUCAUGGCUUCUCUCGACACCCGAUCAGUGACGACUGCCGUUCUGGAAUUGAAAUUAAACUAGGCCAGCCGUCAAUAAUCAACUACAUACGAAUACUCCUGUGGGACAGAGACAGUCGGUCUUAUUCCUACUACAUUGAGGUGUCCAUGGAUGAAUUAGACUGGAUUCGGGUUAUCGAUCACUCCAAGUACCUCUGUCGGUCCUGGCAGAACCUGUAUUUUCCUGCCCGUGUCUGCAGGUAUAUUCGAAUUGUUGGGACUCACAACACAGUGAACAAAGUUUUCCAUAUUGUGGCAUUUGAAUGCAUGUUCACAAACAAAUCCUUUACUCUUGAGAAGGGUCUGAUAGUUCCUACUGAAAAUGUUGCAACAAUUGCAGACUGUGCCAGUGUGAUUGAGGGUGUAAGUCGCAGUCGCAAUGCCUUAUUGAAUGGAGACACAAAAAACUAUGAUUGGGAUUCUGGAUACACAUGCCAUCAGCUUGGGAGCGGAGCUAUUGUAGUACAGCUAGCACAGCCCUACAUGAUUGGAUCAAUACGGUUGCUACUUUGGGACUGUGAUGAUCGGAGUUACAGCUACUACAUUGAGGUUUCAACGAAUCAGCAGCAGUGGACUAUGGUGGUGGAUCGCACAAAAAUUUCCUGCAAAUCCUGGCAAACAAUCACUUUUGAUAAACAACCUGCAUCUUUUAUCAGAAUAGUUGGAACUCGCAACACAGCUAACGAGGCACUUCAAGAACAAGAAGUGUUUCACUGUGUGCAUUUUGAGUGCCCAGCCCAAAACAGUACCCACAAGGACGAGAGUAGUAAGGAAGUAUCAUCAGCAGAGGUGGGCACUGGUGGACAAUAGCUUGUUUCUCACCCUGUUCGAGCUGCAAGCACUAGUCCCCUGCAUUCCCCUCCUGGAUCCAUCUCGCGUUCCCAUGCUCACCAACAAUAAAGAAGGUUGAAAGGGAGCUUUUUGCAGCCUUGCUGGCAUUCUGUGAAAUUAAUCAGAACCUUCUUGUGCUGGCACCUUUUCUUUCUUUGUGAAUGAAGGGGGCCAUGUCUGAGCGCUGGAAAUGUUGAAAUGGAAAAGGCUUUUCCUGAGGACAUGAAGAGACUGCUUCACUCUGCUCCACUUGUUCAAAUCAGGCUGGUCUCCAAAGGGUGAGAAAAUAGGUCUUCAAUCUUCAUCAAGUACCCCAUUAACACCCUACCUCUCUAAUCUAACCAAGGCAAGGAAAACAGAAGGAAAUAAAGGGCAGAGCUACAGUGGAAAUCUAAAAUUACUGGAGCAGAAUGGAAGGCAUAUGAAAUAAGUAUUUGUUCCCUGGAGGUUUUCAUUAGCAAAAAAAAAUAUUUAUGGAACACAUCAGUCCAGAAUAUAUGUUAUUUUUAAAAGUGAUUCUUCAUUCAUAUUCCUUUGUAACUAGUAAUCUGUUUUCUAAAUAAUUUUGACCCUAUAUUCCACUUUGUUUCUUAUUUUUGGCUGUAGUAAAUGCUGUACAGUAGAUUAAGGAAGUAUCAGACAUGUUUACCUGCUGAGAUGCAAAUUCCCUCAUUCAUCAGUGGGAUGACAAGAAAAGCAUUCAUGAUAUCAACAAACUAAUUAAUGUAUCUAUAUUAAUCUUGACCUUAGUUGACUUUUCAAAGUACAAAAUUGUCAUUUCUUACGCUCAGAAAGGAAAUUCCAAAAUCAAACAUCCAUCUUGAAGAAAAUGAUAUUUUUUCACUCCUGAAGAUGAUUAAAUUUUGCCUGCAUUUCUAAGACAACUUGCAACAGGUCAUCAAAAAUGUUUGAUUUAGAAAUGCAUCUGGUCACUGACAAGCAGUCGUUCAAAUACAGAAAGAAGAUUUUGCAGAUAACUUACAUUUUUCCAAGAAGAAUUGUUUUACAGUCUGGAGCUAAAAAUUCACAGGCUGUGUGUGCAUUAACAUUUCUCACGAUCCUCACAAAAUAUGAUGCUUUUGCACUGUAUUGUAAAAGAUCUGGUUCUUACUUUACAGUCACAGAAUUCAUUAUCCAUCCAUGUCUGUCUGGAUUGCAUUGCCUGCUACUUCACUUAUUCUGUUUUCACACUGAUGAUGAUGCAGUCUCUUACUCUCUAGGCCUGCAUGACUUUUAGGAAGAACUCCAUGUUGGUCCUUCAGUAUGAGAUAAAGAGAUUUUGUUUUAAGACAAAUGCUGAUGUAAUUGGCAAAAUUGAUUAGGAGGACUGUUACUCCUCACAAAGUAUAUUAUAUUGGAAAUGUCAGCUAACCAGUUUUAUGAACUUGGAAUUUCCUAGGGUGAUAAAUAGCCUUGUCAGAAGAAAACAAAGCUAGUGCAGGAUAAAUAUGGUUUUCCUUUGCAUAAUUAGAGUGGUAAAAUGAGUUAUAUCAACAUAGCAAAUUGUAUGUUAAUUUAUCACACUACUUAGUUUGAAAUAAUUUCCCUAUUGCAUACUAGUUGUGCUAAACCCAAGAAGAAAUAUAAUCAGUGGUAGCAGUGAAUCAGAGAAUACUUUGAAUAAAAAAAAAUCCUUUCUUCUUUCAAAUAAAAUUGAUUAGGCUUUAUCAAUAAUAUUAUAGCAUUUUUCACUGCCAAAUUACAGUUUAGUUCUGACAUUCGCAUACAGUCCUCUCCCUUGCCACUGCUAUCUUCUGACCUGUGAAUGCCUGUUGGUGAAGAUGGAUGCCCAUUGUGCUGUAUAAAGCUUCUAAUGUAUGUGCCACAGCUGCCUCAGACAGUCUGGAGUUCUGGGACAGGAUUCUGCUUGUGACAGUCACCUCCUAGUCUGUGGGACUGAUUACCUUAUGGCUUAGCAGCCUUUGGAGCAUGAAAGAAUUGAGACCAGCUGCUGGGGACAGCCACUCUCUUGUUUAAGUAUAGGUUCAAAAAGUUGAUUUUUUUUUUUCCCUUUGAAAAGUAAAAACAGAAAACUUUUCCAGUUGUAAUCCAUGCUGGAGCUACCGAGAUGCAUGGAGUGUGUCUUGCCUUUGGUAGAUACAAAUCCUUCCAUGUCAGUGAUGGUAUUUCUUCGCAGUUUGAUCAAACAAGUCUGGUUUUGUCAAACUGGAGCAAAGGGCAUAACUUCCUUGCUGUUAGUAUUUAGUAGUCACUCUUGUAGAGAAUGUUAAAAAAAAAAAAUUAGGAAAAGGUUGUGCCAGCUGUUCUGAGUCUAGGUUCCCAGAGAAAGAAUGGCAUUUUUCCAUUUGCAAUCUUUGAUGUGCACAAUUAAUUUUUAUGAUACAAAAUUGAUUUUUAUGAUCUUGUAGACUAUAACCUACUGAACAUCUUUUUGGUCUUGUCCUGUGACUCAUUGUGGAACAGAAAUGUUUCUUUUUUUCCCAUGAUAUUCACUCUCUGCCAAGAAUAUAAAUGAAUUUAUCAGGUUCCCAGAGCAAAAACUCCAAGGUCCUGUAGACCCUUCGUUUUCUCACCCCCAUAAAUGAAUAAAAACCCAACAACUUUUCAUUGUCUCUUCCUGCAGGUAUUAGUACUAGACUUACUCACAAUGGCCCUUCUCAGAGUCUUUAUUUCAUAUAGAGUUACUCUUAGAACCUGUCACCAAGGUGAGCCCUGUGAGCUCCCUGGGUUUUAAGGCAAGCCCUGCCUCAGCUUCGCAUUUUCAACCCUUUCCCCUUUUUAAUUAAAGAAAUAAUGUUUCAGAGAGCUAAACUCUGCUUGAUCUUCUAAUAUUACCCACCAACAAACACCCCUAAUACCUGUAUUGCCUAGAAGAGGUCUCUUGUCUUAAACGUGUCAGCAAAGUAUUACUAGUGACAGAGGAAGACACCAUGCAGAAUUGAUUUGCUGAUUUGGUGUGAAUGUUUGCAUUCUUUCUAGAUUAUUGUCUGUAUUUAUUGACUCCCAAUUUCAAAUGCACUUCCUGUAUAGUCGUCUGAAGUUUCUUUUUCUUUUCUUUUUUACCUUUGUUUUACCUUUCAGUGAAAGUAAAUUGUGCUGUUAUGGCUUAGUAUCAGGGUUUGUAUCAGAGGGAUGAAAUACUGUAGUUAUUCAGAACUGUGCAAUCACUCAUGUUUUAUUUGCAACAAGAGUAGAGCAGAACUGACCAGGUAUUCAUUGCUUUCUCACCAGAAACUAUGAAACAGACCUGCUUUUAGAUUUCUACAUACUGGAACUAACUAUAUUGUCAUUAUUGAACCAUUAAUUCUAUUUGGUACGUUAGUAUCUUUAAGUUCCCCAGGCCUCAUUUUCUCAGUUUUGAUUCCAUGGGUUGAAUUCAGACUUAGAUUUAACUCAUGUGGAGCUCAACAAAGGCCUUCCUAAAAUCCUUUUAUUUACUUAACUUUUCCCAAAUGCAAAUAAAAGGGGUUUUUUGUUCACAGAAAUGUAGGGGGAAAUUAUUAUCUGGGAAAAUGAAUUUUUUAAGCGAGCCAAAAUUGUUCAGCUGUUUUCAAGCUCUUUCCAAUCAGCUCUAAAAUAAGGUCAAACAGCUUGUUAAAUGGAAUUACAAUGAGAGAGAUUAACCCAAGUCUAACGUAAAAGACAAUACAGAGGAGACAUAACCAAUUUUCUUAGAGUAGGAACUCUUUUUCAUUGCAGUUUCCUUCCUUUAGAGCUCCCUUUCUUUCUUUUUUUUCCCCAUGAAAAUCAGUUUUUCUUGUUUAUUAUGACAACUCAUGUAGGAGCUCAGUGCUUCUCAGCUUUGCUGAAAAAUUCAAUUUAAUGCAUUUUCAUCUUUACUAAUGAUAACAUUAGAGAAUUUUCAGUUGAGUAUCUGACUUGAUGAGAGUUGGUUUCCAUGAAAGAAAGCAAAAGAUGUCUGUAAUCGUUCCAGUUUAAUUAAAUUUUCAGUACAAAAAUUAGAAGACAAAGUUAAUGCCAUUCUUGUCUGAUUGUUGUGUGUUCAUAGUUCUGGUAAUAAAGUGAUGCCCGUUCAGAGACACUCAGAAGGAAUUAGAACUUAGAUUUGAUUUCACAUGCUAUACAUUGCAUUUCUCUAUUAAGAUAUUAAUUGGCUUAUAUUUUGACAGGUGUUAGUAUACUGUCAGAUAAGCAAGUGAAUUCAUUGGUAAUUUUGUUGUUGUGGCUAGAGUAGUGAGCAAAUAAUCAGAGCCAGUAAGAAUUAAUAUAUUUAAGAGUAAACGUUCAGGCUUGUGUGUCAUGAUAUUAGUUGCCAGAGGACUAAACCAUGCUUCAGAAAUAAUAGUUUUUAGAUCCUAGAGGAUGCCUGAGGCCUGGUUCUCAUCCCAGUUUCUCAGUUAAUGGUCUGUUUAGGUUAGAAUCAUUAGUUCUCUCUGAACUGGUGGUUGUUGUUGUCAGUUGUACUAAUUAACUUAGAUAUAUAGAAGCUCCACAAAGCUUUGUUCAGGAAACAGAAAUAAAAGUUGUAGGUCAGGUUUUAGGAGUACCUAAAUAUUCGUAUUUGUAUGCACACACAUAUAUAUGUUAAAUUGAGCGAGUAGCUAAUUAUGUGACUUGAAUUUAGAACAGGUUCUAAAGCUCCAAAACUAAACACAAACAAACAAACAAACAAAUAAAAUGUCCGUGCAGGCAUGUGUGAAGUGCUGCUCUUGUGGUAUGGCAGGAUGGUGACUAUGUUAGGGUUGCUUAAGAAGUGCAAAUGUCCAAACAAGGUAUGGGGUGAGCAGGUCCAAAGGGCUUUGUUGCCCAGUUAUUAAGUACUGGCAUUUUGGCUGAGGUGUAUAAAACACAGAGCAAGUUAAAUGCUAAUUUCAGUGACAGGGCUGCAGUCCACAGAACACACAUAUUCCUCCAAGCUACCUUGUCUGCUAUGGCUUGCAGUGUUUACAGAGUGAGCCUUCAUAUAACUUCUGUUAACUGCUCAAAAAGGCACUGCAGUCUUUUUGGCCCUUCCCAAGCUUUCACUGCAAAGCCUUAGCUGAGGUAAUGGCAAAGUCCCACUCAUAUUCCAUGAUAGAAUCUGGGUCUGUGUUUGAUUGCUUACUGUGAAAAGUUUUAAAGCCACGGUGAGGAAACUACAGGUAUCUGUCAUUACCAAUAGACUGACUGCCAGUACAGCUAAUACCGAUUUUAUCAUACUGUAUGUGUUUCAUUACUAUGAUACAUACAAAUGGGGGAGCUGAAGAAUCAGCUCCUUCCACCCUUGGCAUUAGACAUUAUCACCAACCAGUCAUUAGAGAAUUAUUUCUCUUACUGUUCCUUCCAGCCUAGUAAAAUAAUAUAGUUCAGUGUUCCAGAAAAAUUGAUAACUGAUUCCUUACAUAACCGUAAUGGAAUUGAAGUUCAGAUUACUAAAAGCUUGAAUGAGUGGUGGCAUCACUGCACAGGUGUAAACACGCCUCUGCAGUGCCUCCUACUACUUCUAGGCCCUGGGCUGUAAUAGAGGACAAAAGCUGCACUAUUGGUAAAAUGAACUUUUACUCAUCUUUUUGUAUUUAGCAUCUUGGCACAUCUGUUAUCUUUGUGCAGAUGCUUGGUUAAAACAAGGUAAUGUAGUUUCUCAUGAUCUUCUGAAUUAUCCAGUGACCCCUGAGAGCUGGCAGAUAUACAUAAACAACUUCAGUCUAUAUUAAUUGGUCUGAGGAAUUUACAAAACAAACCUAUAUGAUCUAUGCCAAAUUCUGUGUCCAAAAAGUACAGCUGACUCCUGAAAUAUCAAGUAAGGUCCAUAGUAUAACUGUGAGAUGUGUCUGAGCUAUGUGCCAGUGAACAGUAGUUAUCACAACUUCUUUUCAGUAGAGGAAGCAGGGAAUCACAGAAUGAUUCAGAUUGGAAGGGACCUUAAAGAUCAUCGAGUUCCAACUUCCCUGCCGUGGGCAGAGACACUUUUCACUAGACCAGGUUGCUCAGAACCCCAUUCAACCUGGCUUUGAACACCUUCAGGGUUGGGGCAUCCACAGCUUCUCUGAGCAACCUGUUCCAGUGUCUCACCACCCUCACAGUAAAGAAGUUCUUCUUUGGAUCUGUUUCAGGAAUUAUGUCCCUUAUUCAUUUUGAGACGUAAAUACAUAAGUGAAUGUUUUAAUGCAAUAAUACAGCAUUCAUGGGAUGUAGAUGAUUAGAUUUAAAAAUGUCACUUAAAGCAAGAGCUGGUGUUGCAAGGAGCAGUUUGAGGGAGAGACUGGUAUGGAAUUGUAUAGUUGCAUCUGUGCAUAUAUAGCAAAGAAAAUGUAUGCGUUACCCAAGUUGAAGUGACUGUUUGCAAAGGUGUGUUUCUGUGUGACCUUUCUUUUUUAAUUUGGGAAAUUUUGUUAAGGAAUCUCACUCACCUGAAUGUGAGCAAUAAAAGAGAACGUAGGGAGUGAGGCUUUAGUAGUUUUUAAGGGAAGAACAACCCAAAGAUAUGAUUCUUGUGGUCUGAGCUAGUUCUGUUUGUCUCCAGUCUUCUCAGUGGUUAUUUUUCCUACGUGUUUCCCCCAAUCUGCUAGUUACUCCUUCUCUUUUCCUCCCUACCUAGCAUUGUAUCACUGGUGUUCCCUGCAGCUUUCCUCCAUAUUGUGGUAUAUUAAGGAAUUUUAAAACUUUCUUUGUUUUUCCUCUUUGUCAUAUGCUGAAUAAAAUAUCCUCAUCCCCAUUCAUUCACAUCAGACUUUAAAGGCAACUGCAACUAGGCUGUCAAGUGCUAGUGAGCAACAUUUAAAUUUGGCUGUCUAUGGAUAUGCAAAAUACUAACCUUUUUGGACCUUGUACUUCCAUAAUCUAUUUACAGUCUGUUACCCUUAAGAGGAAAAUCAGUAAGGAGUUUACUGUUGACUUAAGAAGUAGGUCAGGUUUUGUGCUGGCUAAUCUAAAUUACACUUAAAUAUAAAUGUAAGUAUUUCUUUCUCACCCUGAUGCACCAGAUAUGUUCUCAAUUUGUUAGUUAUGCAUUGUUUAAUGCAUUGAUUGUACAUAAAUGUUCUUUUCUAAAUAAACUGCAUCAUCAAAAGUGAAUCUCGAAAGAAUUCGUAACUUUUCAGUGUCCCUGUGUGAAGGUAUUUCGGCUGUCAGAUAUCAAAAUGUCGCGCUGAGCACAUGGAUUCAUUUUGUGAAGUUCAGUUCUACUUCCCAAUUUGGACCCUAUGUCUAUUAACCUUGUCCAAUCUCUUGUAAAAUUUCCUUUCUGCUUUGCUCAAUUUCAUUGUUGUUGGUGGUUUUUUGUUUUUGUUUUUUUGUAGUGAAUGUUAAUGAUCAGAGCCAGGCUAAAUAGAAGUUCAGCUUUUAGUGAACUUUUUCACUUAUUUCUGUGUUUAGCUCCUCUUUCCUGGCAGACAGUAGUCUAAAUCUGUUUUACACUUUGUUACACUCCCCUUCUUUGUAGCAAUUGUAUCUUGAAAUAUUUGUGCAUUAAAUCCCUUUCCUUCUUUCUCAUAGAGUGGUUCUAAACUACCUCAGACCUUGUUGUGAACAGGUACGAGUUGCAGCUGUAAUUUUUAGAAUUUAUCAUAGUCUUUGAAUGUUCUUUAAGUGCAUGUGUAUGUAGCGAAAUCAGCCUGCCAGACCAUGAUUGCAUUUUCAGGAAUACUGUCCCAGGUGAGACGUAACUGGGAUGAGUUCACAGCCACAUCCAGUCAGGCUCUCUCCGAUACCUCUUUCAAGAAAAGCUUUUUCAGAAGCGCAACUUCUGGUAUGGGAAGUGCGUUUAACUUUCUCUUUGAAGGGACAUGAUGCUGCCUGCACUGGACUACUUUCACCUCUCCGUUGCCAUGACAACCACCAUAAAACUGCAUCGUCAGCCCUCCCUUCCUGGCUGUGAGCAGGAGCUGUGCUGUUGCACUGGACAGUGCUCAUCAUAUGAGAAUAAACCCCACAAGGUGUGUUCUGAUGGCCUUGGUAUCGUUUUAUACUGCAGUGGAUGUGCAUUACCAACCCUUUGGGCUAAUUAGGUUUCAGGUAAAAUGAUGGUUGCAGAUUGUGCUGCAGUUGAUCCAUUUGAUAACUUUGGGAAUUGUCUGGUUUUGUAAGUUAUCCAUUGUACAAGCUGGCAAACCUAGUUAGUACUGAUUUUCUUUUCACCAGCAGACAUGGACAUCAUCAAACAAGCAUUUUGUAACAUGGAAUUUUCUAUGAGCAUCCAGAAAAGAAGCAUCCCAGUUGUUUCUUUAGUAGCAACAUAUGUAUUUGUAAUGGAAGUUUUAGAAUUACUAAACUGCUGUAAGCUAUUUUGUGCAUGCUCUGGUAUUGUAUUAACAGUUUGUAUUAACAGCUGAUAAGCAGAGGGCUCUGGAGAGCAAGGAAUGCUGACUGUGGAUUUCUUUUUCAAGAGUUUCAAAGAACAGCAAAACUUGACGGAGUGGAUGCAGGACCAGACAAUGCUCAAAGCAAAUCAUAAAGUGAAACUGUUGUGCUUUGUAUUUAUUUCUUUGGAGAUUCUUCUUCAAAGUAUUUAACUUCACAGGAAAAUAUAGAGUAUAUUUAAAAUAGUGACAAUUAGAAAUACACCUUUUCAAGAAUGAGAGGGGUGUGAUUUGAAAAAUAAAGUGAUCUUUUGUGCUUAA